AGUACGCGAUCACGCAUGUCUCUCGCCACGCGUUCUGGGCAUGAGAAAAAGUAUUUUACGUUAAAAAGGCUCAUCAUGGGGGAUCAAGUUGAGUUGGUCGCUGGCUGUUAUGAGCAGAUAGUGUUUGGAUAUCGAGUGUGCCCUGGUGACGAGGAGUGGACAAUCGAGCCCAACUUUACCCAUCAUGCACACACAGCAUCACUGACUGCAGUUUCAUCCAGUGAUCAGUUCAUCGCCACUGGAAGCCAAGAUGAAACCAUUCAGCUCUAUGAUAUGAGCAAGAAAACUGAACAUGGUGCUUUGUUGCACCAUAAUGGUACUAUCUCAUGUCUGGAGUUCUACGGGACGUCCCAUUUACUCAGCGGAGGACAGGACGGGCUCAUCUGUGUGUGGAGCACCAAAAAAUGGGAAUGUUUAAAAUCCAUCAAAGCUCACAAGGGUCAUGUUACUUCUCUGUCCGUACACCCUUCUGGAAAACUGGCGCUCUCUGUCGGAACAGACAAAACUCUGCGAACAUGGAAUCUUAUUGAAGGACGUUCGGCUUUCAUCAAGAACAUCAAACGGAAUGCAGAGCUGGUCUUGUGGUCACCAGACGGAGAUCAGUAUGCAGUGGUUGUGAACGAUCAAGUGGACAUUUACGUUCUGAAAUCCGCCACGAUUACUGGAACCAUUGCGUUUACAAAAAGGAUUUCAUGUGUGAAGUUUCUGAAGAACACACUCUUGGCUGUUGGAGGAGAUGAUGAGAGCGUGCGUAUCUAUGACGUGACCUCUCAGAAGUGUGUCUGCGAGUUUAAAGCACAUGAGAACAGGGUAAAAGCCAUUGAGAGCUUUAUGAAGGAUGAUGUUUGUGUCCUUGUUACGGCAUCAAACGAUGGAUUCAUUAAGUUGUGGAAGCUCAAUCUUGAGAACCUGGAGACUCCUUCCCUGAUUGGCCAGGUGAACACCACUGCCAGACUCACCUGUCUUUCCAUUUGGAAACACGGUGAAGCGAAAGAAACGGCUGCAGAUCAAUCUGUCCAUCCUGAAACUUCUAAAGCUGUUGCAGAGCCCUCGAAGCCAGCCAAAGGUAAAAGAGUGAGGCUAGCAGGAGAAGAGGUGAUUCUAGAAGACAGCAGCUCUACAAAACAAGGAAAAAAGAAGAAAAAACAAAAAGUGCAAUAAACAGUUUUAUUGAAAUCAUUGGUGGUGUUCUAUUAUUGACAUUUCCUGACAUACCUGUCAUAUAGCUGAGUGAUUUGCAGUGCAUUUAUUGAUGUCAACACCUUUCGAAUUCCAGCAACAAAGAAAACAUUUUUCUUAAUCGUGUCCAAAAUAAAAGUUUGUUAUAUAACUGUGUGCCGUGUAUAUUUAUGUAUAUAUAAAUACACGCGUAUAUAUUUAGGAAGUAUUUACAUGUAUAAACAUAUUCAUAUUUAUAUAUAAUUUUAAUAACAUUUCUUAAAUAUAUACAAGUAUGUGUAUAUAUUUAUAUACAGUACAUACACGCAUAUUAUGUUAAUAAACUUAUUUUGGGUGCGUUUAAUCGAUUUGACAGCAUUAAUUUGUGUAAAUCAAAAAAAAAGUGCACAUGUGGACUUUUAUUUUGGAAAUUGCUAGUGGAGUGUUUCAGGAAGUUCAAAAGUGAUAAUUUUUUUUUUAUUUAGCAACCAACAAGUAUUUUUGUUUCAUUAAGUUUAGUUAAACGUGCAGACAUGGCUGUUGACUGGUUUGGUUAUAGUUAAACGGCUCUAAUAACGCAGGUAGUUUUAUCUCUAGUUGCUGGGCUGAUGUUUAGCAUUGCAGCAUUGUUGGUGCUUAUCAGAUGUCAAAGAAUGACAAAGAUAUCUGGGUUUCACUCGUUUGUUCUUGAGGAUUGGUGUGAAAGUGCUGCAGAAUUCACAAAAGAAGAAAAGAUGACCGCAUUCAGAAACUGUACUUGCUGAUCCUAAGGAGACACUGAAAUAGUUUCAUUAGAAAUUUUAUACGGGAUGUAUGAAAAUGACAAUAAAAUUCAAUUCGGGGUCAUGUGGAAGUGCCUUCAUAACUGAAGAUGAACAAAUUAAAGCAUAUCAAUUAUAAUGUA